AUGGCUACACCCUCCAGCUGGCACUUGUACUUGCUGUCUGCAGCCAUUGCCCCCACUUGCCUGCUCGUGACCGCCCCGGAGGACUCGGUUGAGUUUUUCUUACUUCAGGGGUUCAUCUGGGGUGUGGUGACAUUCUUUUUCUACCACGCGCGCCGAGUGUCAUGGAUUUCCAACGGCCUGCCUGACGGCCCACUGGCUGUGCAGCCUUGGCAGGACGCUGCACCUUGCUGGUGUUACGAGGCCGCUUUCUGGACCCAGAUACUGACCUAUGUGCCGUCCCUGCUGAGGAUGUUGUUUUUCACGUGCAGGAGUCGCGAGGCGUUCAUUACCUCGUCAACGCUGUUUCUGUCUGAACAUACGGAGAGCGUCUGGUUUGAGCGCAUGUUGUUUGCACAGCUGUUCGGGUACAUGAUGAGGGACAUGUUCAUGCAGGGAUUCUCGGCAGAUCCGCUCUUGGCGAUGCACCAUCUUCUGGUGAUUGUACUUACCCUUGCCCUCGGCUUCUACGACAUACCUGGCGGGCGUAUGUGCGCGACGCUGGGGUGCGUGAUCGAGCUCGGCACCGCCGGCUAUUGCCAUUUCAUUGUGUGGCGCAUACCCAGCCUGUACAGGUAUCUCAUGAACAUAUCCAAUGUUGUGUGGGUGGUUGGGGUCACGUGCAUCGUCUACCUUGCCAAGGAACGGUCGAAGGUAUUGUGGGGCUGCUGCGCCAUAACAGUCGCGCUGGUCGUCGGAAGGACUGACAUGAUGCGGGUCGAGAUCAGGAAGGAAGCCAAGCGCAUCAAGCGCGGGGAUGACCUGGCACAUGCCCACGAGGUGAGGACCGCGCAGUAUCCCAGCACCCAGUGCUCGUUCUCGCGGCGCCGGCUCAAGCGCACCCUUGCCCAGAUCAGCUCACUCUCGCCCGCUCACGCAGCUAGGCCGCUCCCGAUGGCGAGCGCGGCCAGGCCCUGCCGUCCGCUGAGCGAGUCGCCAUGCCUCCCGUUCGCAGCCCCGGGCGGCGCGCUCGAAUGCAGGUUGCCGACGCCGUGCAGGAGCCCCAUGCGCCCCCCGCUGGCGCUGGUGACCAGCAGGGCCCUCCGCCCGCAGGACGGCUCCCCCGCGACAACACCGUCCACGUUGUGGCCGCCCACGCCGAGCCCCUCGAUGCGCACGGCCUGCGACCCCGCGCGCUGGAUGACCCCGGCCCCUGAAGAGGCCCCUGCGGGAAGCUUGGCGGCGGCUGCGCCCUGCGUCUACACGCCGUUCGGCCACGGGCCGCUGUGCCACCAGGCGCUGUGCCUCCAGCCAGUGCCCGUGCCGCAGGCGCUGCUGGUUGCCGCCCCUGCCGACCCGUACUCCAGACAGCAGGUGGUGGCGGCUGAGCCCACCAUGGAUGAGCACAAGCCAUACGGCGCGCCCGAGCGGGCGCAGACUUGCGUAAUGCAGCGUGGUCGCUGUGCAUGCGAGCGUGCCCUGUGCCAGGGCCCUACGACCUCGUGUUUCGAUCCCGCAGUUCAUGUUGUCUGCUGCAUGGAGCCUGCAGGCGUGCCCCGCUGAGGCCCCGCAGGUCUCUCUCUCGGUGCGGCAGCGGCGGGGGGCAGCGACGAGGGAGCGGCGGCAGUGGCGGCAGGAGCCCCUGAGGGACCUUUGCCGCCCCCCCCCCUCUCUUCUCCGGCCCUGCUUCUGGCUCGGCACCGCUCGGACGUGUGCAUUUUCUCUCGGCGAGGGCCAUUUUCUCUCGGCGAGGGCCAUCGAGGAGCAUCCUGCACCAUCGAGCACGAUGGCGAACUUCUGGUGUCUGCAGAGAUUUGGGCGUAAGCCUAAGCCCUCCGCCGUUAGCUGGUCCGCUCGUGCCGCACCAGUCGGCGCCCUUCCUGGCGGCCGGACGCACGCUGUAAUUACGGUUGCUUUGGCAUCGCUGGAACGUGUGCAUGUUUUUCUCGGCGAGAACCAUCGAGGAGCAUCUCGGAUCAGUUUCGAAAACUAAGAGCACGAGACCGAAAAAGGCACGGGGAAUGGACGCCAUAGCGAUGGCACGUACACUGAUCCGAUCCGCUUGAGCCGCGCCAGUCGAUCCCCGUCCUGGCAAUCGGACGCACGCUGCAAUGACGGCUGCGGCCGCGACGCGCCCCCCGUUGGACCAGCAGUGCGCCGCGGCUCGCCCGAGAUCGAAAACUUGUGCAAACAUCACGUUCGCACUGCGUGUACAGUGGAGACC